AUGUACAAGACUAAAGCAUUUUUAUGCAGAUUUUAUUUACAAGGUGUUACUCGGAUUCUAACUGCAUUGGAUUUCCCUAACAUUGAAAGUUCUUCCAGCACACUGAAGGCCCAGCUUGAAAAAUUACAAGGGGAGCUGAAUGUCAAAAAUGACGUCGUAGGCGAUUUGGAGAAGGCGAAAAAUGACGCGGAGUGGAGCUUGGGCGAACACAAACAGUGGCUUGCGGAUGCUAAUCAGAGCGCACUGAAGGCACAACUAGAAGAGAUGCAGAAGGAGCUGAAUGGAAAGAAUGACCUUAUGGGCAAUUUGGAGAAAGCGAAGAAUGAUGCGGAGUGGAACCUCGGCGAGCACAGGCAGUGGUUGGCUGAUGCUAAUGAAAGGUAA